GGACUCCUGCCUGCAAACACGGGAGCUCUCGUGCUUAACCGGUUGGCGUCUGGCGACUGAGUACUGCUGGCAGCGGGUGGGUAGCGCCGCGACUGUGACGCAAUGGCCGUCUUCCUGGAGUCGUGGUUGGCCGAGCUGGUGGCCGUGGCGCUGGUGGCGCUCACGGCUACCUACCUGUGGUUCGCCAACAGGUUCAAGUACUGGACACGCAAGGGCGUCUUCCAGGUAGAGCCCCAGUUCCCAUUCGGGAACAUUCGAAGGACCUUCCUGGCCCAAAGUCGGCUAGAGCUGAUAAUGAAGGAAGUCUACGAUCUACACAAAGGUGAGAGAUUUGUGGGAAUGUAUGCGUUCAGCAGACCAUUCCUCAUGCUGAAUGAUCCAGAUCUCAUCCGUCUAGUACUGGUCAAGGAUUUUGACACGUUCCGCGACAGAGGAAUGAAGUACAACGAACAAGAGCCAUUGAAUCACAACCUAUUCUUCAUGGAUGGGCCGAAAUGGAAGCGAAUGAGAACGAAGAUGACUCCUACAUUCACGUCAGGAAAGCUCAAAAUGAUGUCCCAGACGAUGCAGGACUGCGGCCGCGAGAUGGUCGAGGUCCUGGAGGACUCGGCGCGCCGUGGCGAGGUGCUGGAGAUGAGGGAAGUGUCCGCCAGGUACGCCACGGACAUCAUCGCAUCUGUCGCCUUCGGUGUGGAGGUCAACUGCCAGCGCAACCCAGAGGCCGAAUUCCGACAGUGGGGACGCAAGGUGUUCGAACCAUCGCUCAAGAACAAGGUUGCUGUGCUCAUGUACGAGUUCUUUCCGCUCAUCGCCAGGUUACUAAGAGUUGAUUCUGGAACGCAAGAGGUGUCCGAAUUCUUCCGAAACAUGGUCAGACAGACAGUGGAGUACCGAGAGAAGCACAACGUAACGCGAAACGAUUUCAUGAACCUACUCGUACAACUGAAGAACAAAGGUUUCAUCGACGGAGAGAAGAUAGGCGACGUCAAGGGAGAAAACAAGGACAUCGACAACUGGAAGUUGUCGCUGGAUGAGGUGGCCGCGCAGGCGUUCGUGUUCUUCCUGGCGGGCUUCGAGACGUCGUCGACGACGAUGAGCUUCGCGUUGUACGAGCUGGCCCUCAACCCGGACGUGCAGGAGAGGCUGCAGGAGGAGGUGGACGCCACGAUGCAGAAGAGCAACGGACAGCUGACGUACGAGGCCAUUGCCGAGAUGCCGUACCUUGACAAGGUCGUCUCAGAAACGCUGAGAAUGUACCCUCCAGGCGCAGUUCUUCAACGGAAAACUACACGGCGUUACAAGAUUCCGGAUGGGCCAGAGCUCGAAGAGGGUACAAUUGUUUUCAUCCCAGUUUACGCACUUCACAUGGAUCCAAAAUACUUUCCGGAGCCACAACGCUUCAACCCCGAGCACUUCUCGGAGGAGAAGAAAGCCACGAGGCACCCUUACGUGUAUCUGCCGUUUGGUGAAGGUCCGCGGAACUGCAUAGGAAUGCGGCUCGGUCUGUUGCAGACCAAGAUCGGACUGGCAUACCUCAUGUCCAAGUUUGAGGUGCAGCGCUGUGAGCAAACCAUUGUGCCAAUGGAGUUCAGCACUGUGUCACAAGUCAUAAUGCCCGUCAGUGGGGUGCAACUGCGUUUGGCUAUUAGGAAAUAGAUGCUGCGGCCCUUAGCUCUAAUGUGUGAGAAAAGUGUAACAAUUAUUGUCACCAGAAAAUGCAAUCGAAAUAUACAGCUCUUCUAUUGAUCUGUACCA